AACACCUUGAAGAUUAUUCAAGACAUUCAUAUUAAAUGGGAUUUUCUCAGUAAUCGUCCAUUCCCUCCUGUCCCUGCUGAUAUGAAUGUUGGUAACUUUGCCCUGUUCGAGUUUUCGGUAGUUGCUAGAGUCAAUAUAUUUCCUUGUCAUGCCGCUAGAUUAUUGUCGUUUGACGAUAGGCAGAGGGAUGAGGAGUUUAUAGUCCACCAUAAUAUAUAUUCCUCAACAUAUAAGGAAGAUUCGGGUUUAGCGCCGAUCACACGGUUUCCUGGCCGGUCUCCGCUUCAAGCCAAGACAUUACCUGUUGGACUCGACGACCCUGACACUAUGUCUACGACGCAGGAGAUCCUGCCAGGAGAUACAUUGAAGCGUAUCACAGAAGAAAACAAAUACAUGGACGAGUUUGUAGAUUGGAUGAAGCGACGGCAAUACGCGACUGUGGAUUUUGAACGCGACAGUCUGGAGGAGCUGAAGGCGCUCAAGGUGUCGACCAAUCCUCAAUGGUCCCAAUCUGGCGUAUCACCCUUAGUUUCUCCCAUGCUCAAUCUUCUCACUCGAGAGAUCGGAGAGCGUCAAGCGACGUGCGAAACCAUGAGUAUCUACCUAGAGGAGCCGAGUAAUAUCAACUCUCCCAAAGAGGUCGACAAAUCAAUGAUCGGGAAAUACGACGACCUCAUUGCGACCUGCAAGACGCACGAAAUGUGUCGAGAAGAAGCGAGCUCUAUAAAGGCAGUUAAAGAUAUGCAGCGGUGGCACCAACAAGAUCCUCCCAAAGGAACCCGCGGCAAAUGGAUACACUUUAUGAACGAUGAUGACUUGAAUCGCUUUGUGCUGCCAGUAACUGAGCGUAAUUAUCGAGAGAGCGUCGUGCGACAGCAAGAAGAGCGCUUGGACUCUCACCAAUCCCGCAGCGAAGAAAUCAGAACACGGAUAGCCCGUAUGGUCACAGAACACAGCCGUCUUCUAACGGCGGUGGUUGGACAUCUCGAAGCAGCGAAGAACAGUGUUCACGAGUUCUCACCGAGCUCCUUUAUCUCUCAUGCUCAUGACCGGCGCGAGUCCGAAUCUGAGCAUGAGUACAUGAAUAAAGCCGUUUAUGUCGACUUUUCGAAUGGUAAAACGCAACCUUAUAUCAUCUUUGGGACCGUGUCGCAAACACUGACCGAAGUGAGGCGUGCAAUGAAGAUAUUGCAGGAAGGAAAGGAUUCGUUCAGUCUGGGUCACACGAGACCGACCAAAGAUAAGGCCCUUGAUUUGGAGCAGUCUUUAGCGACACAACCAAGCCCUCAACUAAAACGGCUCUCACAAGACGACAUACGACUACUAUGUUCUUUCGAAUUGCUCAGUAACCCACCACUGAUUCCAAUACUCGAUGAGGAGGUGAAACGCUAUGGGAGACACAACUUGAUCUUCACCUCCAAUAGUGUCAACACCUUCAAUGGUAGUACAGCAAAAUAUACAGCACACCUCAACGCAUAUUCGUUGUGCAUAUGCAGCGUUUGUUGCUUUACGCCCACGAGGCUUUGGUCCUUCUCUGCUCUGCUAAGCCACUUGGAAACCCAUCAACUCCAACGCAAUGUCUACGACACAAGAGAUUCUUCCAGGAGACACCUUAAAACGUAUUGUUCAAGAGCACCAAUAUAUGGGCGAAUUUGUGGACUGGAUGAAGCGACGGUGACUAUGUUUGUGUGGGGAGUUGUGUACGUGAUUAUCGAAGAAUUAAAGGCGUUCAGGAGGUUAGUAUCACAUUCUCCAUAUCCAUACAUUUUCCAACCGCGACUAACGACUGAUGGAGAGGUCGAAGAGCGCCAAAUGUCAUGCAACGCCAUGAAUACAUACCUGGAACUGAUUAAUAUCAAAUCUCCUGACAGUAACGAAGAGUAUGACGACCUUAUUGCUGCUUCCAAGACGCACGAAGGCUGUAGAGAGGAAGCGAGCUCGGCCAAAGCCGUGAAGUAUAUGCAAUAUUGGCAUAAACAAAUCCCCAAUGGAAUGAAGUUCAAAUAUUUAUGGUCGAUGAACGACGAGGAUUUAAAUUGUUUUGUACUGCCGCUAGCUGAACGAAAUUACCGAGAAAGCAUCGUGCGACAGCAACCACUGGCUCGUGCGAUCAAUACAUGGCAUCAGUCUCAAUUGCCGGAACUCUUAGAUUCUCACCAAUCGCACAGUGAAGAGAUCAAAACACUAGUAGCUAGUCUGGUCACCGAACACAG